AUGUUCACCGAUAUCGAGGCGGCUGAAGCGCUGCUUGAGCUUCGCUACAACACACGUGCCGCAAAUCAAUACCCAUAUAUACCCAUGCCAACUCUACCCGAGAGGAACGCUCAGAAUCUUAAACUGACAUUCGAUCAAGGAACGCAGACCGAUCCUGUUCUCGAUUAUCCUUCAAGUGUCAAUUUAGAAGAACUGGAAACGGCAUUAAAACGCUUGUACCAGCAGGUCCUAGUCUUGUUAUCUAAUGUUGAAAUAAAUGAAAGUCGAUCAAUAAUGGAUAGGACAUCUGAAGAUCGAGGACUAGAUGAGAAUGAAGAGAUUUUAGCAGUAGAAGAACCGACCGUUGUUCUUCAAAAUACGUCAAGUGUUGAGCUCGAAAUGGAUGAGAUGGCUGGUGGCUUAAAAAUACGUAGAGUAUCAGCGCAGACUACUAACGCAUGUUUGCCAUUGUCAGUUAACAAUGUUGAUAUGGUUUCAAUUGGAAACGGCAAUGUCACCGUGCCUGCCAGACUAAUGACAGAAAUCGAUUGGACUUCCCACACCUCAGCGACGAGACGAUUGUUGCAAGCCGUCUUUCCUAGAAGAAUUCUAGCUACUCAUUCCUUAACUGGAAAGCAGUCACCAGCGUUUGCGAAUAAACCACCGAAAAAGCAAUUGGACCCCAAAUUAGUAGACGAUAUUGUCAACACCGUCGCUGAAAGGUGCAAUGUUUCUAAAACGAUUGUUAGAUAUGAACUCAAUCGCUUUAGGAAACAACCAGAAAUACCGUAA